AUGGCAACAAUUGAUGAGUUCACACAUGGAUACUUCAACGAUUCUCAACAAUGUACUAUUUCUGUAGAUUCUGCGAGAGGAUGCUCUCAGUAUAACAUCUGCAGAGGAGAAAGAAACUAUUCCCGUUUUUCCUCUUCUGACUUUUACUCUAGUCUUGGGUUGGAAGACUUCCUCUCUGUAGGUGACACUUCUGGAACGGAGGAGGAUACAGACUCAGCUAUCUUAUAUGGCACUUUGCGAGGAAGUGUUGUUGGAUUACGAUACUACACAGGGAUUGUUAAUAACAAUGAAAUGGUUGCACUUCAGAGAGAGCCCAAUAAUCCUUAUGAUAAAAAUGCAGUGAAAGUAAAUAAUGUGAAUGGAGACCAGGUAGGCCAUAUAAAAAAAGAACUAGCAGCAGCAUUGGCAGGCAUUAUGGACAACAAACUAGCUUUAGUUGAAGGGGUUGUCCCUUACGGAGCAAAAAAUGCCUUUACUAUGCCUGUACAAAUGAGCUUUUGGGGAAGAGAAGAAAGCAAGGAAGCAGUGCUAGAUCAGCUAAAAAGGCAUGGAUUUAAAUUGGCUCCUCCUCUGAAAGUAGGUUCAGAAUGUGGUUUUGGAUCAAAGUGGAUUUCUGGGAGAGCUGGUCCGAGUUACAGUGCUCCAGUUCAUGCUGCUGUGCAGUUGACAACUGAACAGCUUAAAAGUGAAUUUGACAAAUUGUUUGAGGAUCUGAAGGAAGAUGAUAAAACUUGUGAAAUGGAAGGAGCAGAGGCUGUUGGCACACCCUUGCUUCCCCAUCAGAAGCAGGCUUUAGCUUGGAUGGUUUCAUGUGAGAACAGUAAUGAUUUGCCACCGUUUUGGGAAGAGAGAAGUAACUUCUAUUACAAUACACUUACAAAUUUCGCAGAAAAGAAGCGACCUAAAAAUGUUCUUGGAGGAAUACUGGCUGAUGAUAUGGGACUGGGUAAAACACUUACUACUAUUGCAUUGAUUCUCACAAAUUUUCAAGAUGGCAAGCCUCUUCCUGUUGAAAAGAUCACAAGUUAUAAGUUUUAUGAGGAAUCUGGUACUAACAGCAAGAACAACGUUGGACACGGACUAUGUAAAGACUCUAGCAAUGUGAUGGAGCCUGGUGGUUCUAACGUAAAAAAGUUUGAAACUACUCCGUUGAAAUACUCAAGUUGUCUUCCAAAAAGAGAUAAAGCCAAGAAACCCAGAUAUUCAGGAAGCAGUGACUUGGGAGAGUCUGAAGAAUGGCUACUGCAACAAACAGAGACAACUUCCUGUGUUAUCCAAGAAGAUACUGGCUUUGCAUCUGUUCUUCUACCUUCAUCUACUUGUUUAAAAAGACAAACAAAGAGAAAAGGUAUCGCCAGCGUUCAGUCAGUUGAGAAGAAACAUUCUGAUGAUGGCCCCAGAGCAACACUGAUUGUAUGUCCACUGUCUGUCCUAAGCAACUGGAUUGACCAGUUUGAACAACAUAUCCACCAAGAUUUUCAUGUAAAUAUUUAUGUUUAUUAUGGUUCUGACCGUAGCAAAGACCCAUCAGUUCUUUCAGAACAAGACAUCGUACUGACAACAUACAACAUCUUAGCUACUGAUUAUGGAAUCAGAGGUGACAGCCCUUUACACAAAGUCAAGUGGCUGAGAAUUGUGUUGGAUGAGGGGCACACUAUACGAAAUCCAAAUGCUCAGCAAACUAAAGCUGCCUUAAAUCUGGAGGGACACAGAAGAUGGGUACUUACAGGCACUCCUAUUCAGAAUUCUGUAAAGGAUUUGUGGUGUCUUAUUUCCUUCUUAAAACUGAAACCUUUCACUGAUCGAGAGUGGUGGCACAGAACAAUUCAACGUCCAGUCACAAUGGGAGCUCCAGGAGGACUUGGGCGUUUACAGUCUCUGAUUAGGAGUAUCACCCUUAGAAGAACUAAAACAAGUAAAGUUAAAGGAAAACCCAUUUUGGAGUUACCAGAACGUAAAGUACUUAUUCAGCAUGUUACGCUUACAGAGGAAGAGAGGCAAAUAUAUCAGUCUGUGAAGAAGGAGGGCAAAGCUGCUAUUAGCAGAUUUUUCAGUGAAGGGACUGUACUAACUCACUAUGCUGACAUCCUUGGUGUCCUGCUCAGAUUGAGGCAGCUUUGUUGUCAUCCUCAUCUUUGUAUAAAUACAUCUUCUUCUAGUUUUUCAGCUGAUGAUAAAACUCCUGAAGAACUGCAUGAGACAUUAGUGAGUAAAAUGAAGUUGGUUCUGAGCUCUGGUUCAGAUGAAGAAUGUGCAGUUUGCUUGGAAUCACUGACUCUUCCUGUGAUAACACGCUGUGCGCAUGUGUUUUGUAAGCCAUGUAUUUUUGAAGUCAUCAGAAGUGAACAGCCAAAUGCCAAAUGCCCUCUCUGUAGGAAUGAGCUUCGAGUAGAGCACUUGGUGGAAUGUCCCCUAGAAGGGGAAGUAGACUCCAGUAAUGGAAGGAAGUCUGAUCAGGAGUGGAUAUCCAGUUCAAAGAUAGAUGCUCUCAUGCAUGCUUUGAUAGAACUACGGAGGGAUAAUCCAACUGCUAAAUGUCUGGUUGUUUCUCAGUUCACAACUUUUCUGUCACUGAUAGAAUAUCCCUUGAAAGAAUCAGGGUUUGCCUUUACUCGUUUGGAUGGGUCAAUGGCACAGAAGAAAAGAGUAGAAGCAAUUCAGUGUUUCCAAAGCAGCCAAGCAGGAUCCCCAACUGUAAUGCUUUUGUCUCUGAAAGCAGGUGGAGUUGGAUUAAAUCUGACAGCAGCUUCCCGAGUGUUUUUAAUGGAUCCUGCUUGGAAUCCCGCUGCAGAAGACCAGUGUUUUGACAGGUGUCACAGGCUGGGUCAGAAGCAUAAUGUUGUUAUUACUAAGUUCAUUGUGAAGGAUUCGGUGGAAGAAAAUAUGCUGAAAAUUCAGAACAAGAAGAGGGAACUUGCAGCAGGAGCCUUUGCUACCAAAAAGCCUUCAGCAAGUGAAGUAAACCAAACCAAAAUUAAUGAAAUAAAGGCUUUAAUUGAUUUAUAGCUUGAAACUGAGGUAUUUUGAGUAAAUAAUACAUUUAGUAUUUUAGUUAAUAUUGCUCUUCAAGUUACUUAUCUCAUGCUAACUUUCAGUUUUGCUGUCUUUGUGGUCAAAACAGAAAUACUUCAAAUAAAUUCUAAAAACUAAUUUGCUCCCAAAUGUUAAUUUAGAAAUGCACAAACUUGUUUUGCACUCCUGAAAUCUUUCCAGUAUUCAUUUCUUCGAAAUGUUGCUUAUUAUGUACAACGCUUAAGAAUACAUAAAAAUCCCUCAGAACAGAAAUGCAUAUUCAUGCAUUCUAACUUGCAAGAAUUUAAUCUCUUUUAGAGGUGAAUAGAAAUGAAAUAGCUUUGUGUUUCAAUCUGUGUUUCCUGAUAACCAAACAGAUCAUCUGGAUUGUUUGUUUCAGAAUAGGUGGUCAGUGAUCACUUCAUAAGGAAUUCUUACUUUUGCAGACUAUGUUCAAAGAUGGCAUUUAAUUCCAAAUUUUAAAUUUUUUUUUUACUAUUUCUGAGUAAUACACAGGUGCAGCAGGGAGUUCCUCUGUUGAUUACUUCCCAGAAGCUAGUAAAAAUGAAGUACUUAAAUUUGUAAAACACUUUCUUCUAAUAUUUUGCUUCCCUUGAACAGAAUUCCACUGAUUUUUGUAAAGGUUUUGUGACUUGGAUAAAAUGCUAGAAUCAUAGGCUUGUAUUGAUAACACGCUUUCCAAUAAUUUCUGUACACACUUUGAACAGUACGACUGUGCUAUAUGCAAAGUAGAAUAUGACCCACUCAUCAGUGAAUCAGUUAGCCCUUGCAAAAUAAAUUUAACAGAACAAAUUAUUUUAAUAGCUGCCAGCUUUCUAACAGUUUUCUUGCACUGGUAAGUGCUUUUCCAAUCCCAUACAUAUGUCUUAGUGGAAUGCUGAUCUGCACGUGUCUUGAUUUAUAGAGGAAGAACUUGGUAAACUAUUUAUGUUCAUGUACUGCAAAAUAAUAAAUAGCACUGAAGAAUUUCAGUUGAAUAUUACUUGAAUAUUCUUGUCUGUUCCUUCUUUCUCUUUCCAUUUGAUUCUGGUCUUCUGUUACGUGUUUUCUUAACACUAUGCUGCCUUCCCUGUAACGCUCUUAGCUAUGGAGAAAAGUGUGUUUUAAGUCUGUUAGAGAAAGAAUUAAAAAGACAUGAAUGAUGGAGGACAACGCGAACCCCAGUAACUGGUUGUCACUGGAACGUUGACAAAAGAAGAAAACAGAGCUACACCUGAUUGAAUUUUUUUUUUUUUCAUCGAGUUCAUGCAAGUUAAGCUUUCUUUGGAUUUUUGUGCUUCAGAUUCUGAUGUUUAGAGAUAAGCUGGAGAAAUGGUUCCUGCUUAUGAAUGAGAGAUUUGGCUUUGUGUCAUUCUUCCCAUUUUCUAAGUUAAAAUUCCAUGAGGAAGAGGCCCAUUUCAAUGGCUAGUCAAGCUACAUCAUUACUUGUGUUAAAAUAUGCUGACAUUUUGCAGAGUGGCUGAGUUAUGAUUAUGAAAACAAUUACUAGUAUAAUUUUUCCUCUACUAGAUGAUGGUUUCCAUGUUCCAAAGCCAAAUAAAAAGUUCCUGGAGUUAGUACUAAGCUGUAUGGCUAGUUAAGCUCUCUCCCAAGAAAGCCAUUAAUGUAUCUGAGAGAAUAGUUAGAAGUCAAAGCUGAGAGCAGAAAAGUCCUGUCUGAUUUGAUGGAGCUAUUCUGUUACUUGGGUGGUUAAAACCCACAGUGUUCUGGUUGGUUGGGGUUUCUUUCUGCUUUUAAUGAGCUGUAAGUAGUCUUUGGCUAUUGGUAUUCUCUUUCUUGGAGUUCUAACGGUGUGUUCUGUGGCAUGUUCUAGAAGUGAGCUUUUGGAAUUAUGAACUUAACGUUUUUAAUUCCAAAGACUGGAGUUAGUAGUCUAUCAUUCUGGGUUUUUUUACCCCCUACAUAAAACAAAGAUGUAAAUGGGGAAAAAAAAAAAAAAGCUUCUAAACUUUUUCAGAGUUGCUCUGAGUUGUCACCAUCUAAGGAACACCUUAGACUAUAUGCUUUUUAAAGGCAACUGGAGUUCCAAUACUUGAGUCGCUAUCUAAGCAGGGCUAUGAUUCUUUUGAAUAAUGAUGUUUUGAGUAUAGUGCUUUAAUUCAGUUACUGUUUUGAGUACCUACAGUUUAGAGCAGAGCAUUGUUUGAUGUAUCAACUGAUACUGUUACCAAGGAUAAAAAGAGAGAUCUAUGUUUCUGCAAAUGCUGCCUGCAGUAAUUAUGAAGGAAAUAGUGGCAGAUAAUGACACGAAGGUCAUUUUAUUGAAAAUAAGCUGCAUAGAGUUUGGUACAGAUGCCAUACCUUUUAGCUUUCCUGAGGCUGUGGGUAAACACUUAACCACAGUAUGAGUCACAGAGGCUAGGACAGAAUUGUUUUAUAGGUUUUCUUUCUUUACUAAUUGUAUUUGUUAACUCAAAACAUGCAGGUUUUCAUCUCAUUCAGCAUCUCUCCUUAUCUUCUUGUAUUAAUGUUACAAAACUUACAUGCUAAACCACAUUUUCAGGUUGGUAUAGUCUCAUGCUUUUACACUUUCAGUUCUCUCCAACUAAGCUUAAAAAGAAGUAAUGUGCCUAUUCUCUAGUACGAAUACAGACAAGGGGAACAAAACUAAGACUGUUUACCUGUCUUCAAAAGAGUAUUUUACCAUUUUCCAUAGAGUAGUUUGUGAGCAUGCAGAACUCCAAUAUUUGUACUUGUUGGAUAAAGUAUGCUUUUGUCACUACAGAUUGUAACUAGUAAUCCCUCCUGCUUUCACACAACUUCAAAUUUUCCUGUUAAAAAACCCAACGCAGCAAAAGAAAAACCCACACAGGAAAGGGCUAGUUACAACUGGGAGUUCAGAUGCUAUGUAUUUUUAAAUAGCUACAAGCUACUUUGGUUUGGACCUUAUCUUUAGCAUUUUUUGCUAAAUGGUGACCAAGGAAUCUUAGAGCAAUUAAGUAGCAAAACCAAGUUAAAACAAACUAACCCUCAUAUGCAGAUCACAUCUUCUGCUUUACCAGCAAAUGGUGAGAGCUUGUUGAUUGUUUAUCUCUAGGCUAGAAGUUUAGCACCCUUGCUAGCUUCCUGCCAAAAUCCUCCUUUAUGAGGAAAUAAUGAAACAGUAUUUUCUUAGUGUUUCGGGACUAGCACACAGUAUAGCUGUCAAAGAACAGUUCUGUUUAGAAUUUUGGCUGAAGGAUGGAUCUGAAACUUAGUACAGAUAACAGCCAAUCUCUGCCUUCAGUAUUCUUUUGUUACUGUGGUAUUUUUACUGCUUUUCCAUGUGUCUUAGAAUACAAUGCAUAGUCCGAGUGUGGCAAAAAAGCACUUUCUUUUAUUCCUUGCGCGCACAGAAAGAGUCGUUUUUCCUAAUCAGGGUAGAUACAGUUACUUAAGCAGCUAUUCAGUCUUUCUUUGCCAAAAUAGCAUCACCAUUGUGUUUAAA